UGGUGAAAAAUACGAUGGGCGGUUAUUUCUGAUUCGUAAUUCGUAUUUCAAUUUAAUAUUUUGUGACAGUAGUGUUAUCUAUACAUGUUGUUGACUAUUGUUUUCGGCUGACUGCAAUUAACUUGACAGUAAGUUAUCCAUUCGGAUUUUAACAAAUUACAGGAAUAUUGUGUAGGUGAUUCUAAAAGAUUGCUGAAUGAUGACUACUAGGCAUACUACAGACAGGUCUUUGGUAUCUCGUUUAGACGAGAUUCGGAGACUUUCAGCUGCCUUAAACCAGUCUCCACUGGAAGAGUUCUUGCGCUUUGUCACCUCUCAAGAAGAGUGCCGUUUGAAGUGGUUUGAAUGUAUGCAAGAAAAUAGAGCCCUAAAGAAAUCACUAAAUGAAGCAAAGAAGGAAAUUAAUAACCUUGACUCGAGGUUAACCACUGCUCGGAAGCUGUUGGACCAAGAAAAGAACAUGAGGCACAAGGCAGAAGAAGAAAGAAUGAAAACAGAGCGCCAACUGCAGACAGUGAGGACUUUUCUGUCUGACACUCGCAAUCAUCUGCACGAUGAGACGAGAGAGAAGCUCAAGUUCCUAGACACCACCAGCAGGAGCCGCACAAGCUACGAUUGUAUGGAUCGGCUGAGCGCUAUUCAUGAACUUGACUCGACAGGGUCAAUACUUUCCGACCUGAGCUUCUCUCGCUCAGAAGAUGAUUUGGACGUGGAGUCUGUGUUGCGCAAGAGAAGGAGUUACAAGAAGAGCCGCGUGUCAGGCUACGAGGAGGUGCCUUCUGCCAAGAGAAGGCGGUCCCACGUACUUGAGAUGAAUGGGCGAGACGGAGCAGAACGCAUGGUGGCCACUACGACAGUGACGAUGGAACAUAACGGCUCACUACAGGCCAAGUCUCACAUUGAGACAAUCCCUGCACCACUGCUCAACCUCCCGACGGCUCCUUCACCCUCCCGCACUGGAUCCAUGGAGUCAGUGGAGUCCGGCCUGUCUGUAGACAACAACACAGGAUACACACAAGCCACUCCUCACCAGGUGGGAGUAUUGCUGAGUGGCUCCAACAAGCUGACCACUCGUCGCCACAACCUGGUCAGCAAGACCAUCAUACGGCCAGAGGACUGUGACGUCUGUCAGAAAAGAAUCAAGUUUGGCAACACUGUGAUGAAGUGCCAAAACUGCAGAUCCUCGUGUCACACUAUCUGCAAGGAUUUGUUGCCGCUACCCUGCAUUGAACCGGGAUCAACACCAAUUUCACACAAGAACAUGGGGGUGGUAGCUGAUUACGCACCUUCUACACCGCCCAUGGUGCCUGCACUGGUCGUACACUGCAUCAAGGAGAUAGAGACUCGAGGUCUCAACGAGCAUGGCAUAUACAGAGUCCCAGGGUCCGACAGGGAGGUCAGGGCACUCAAGGAGAAGUUCAUGAAGGGACGUGGUGUGCCGCGGCUCACGGAGCUGGACAUCCAUGUUAUCUGCGGCUGUCUCAAGGACUUCCUGCGCAAUCUGAAGGAGCCGCUGGUGACCCACGCACUGUGGUGGCAGUUCACUCGUGCGUCAGAGCUGCGAGACGUAGAGGAACGCAAGGCAGAGCUGUACCAAGCUGUAUCACAGCUGCCACAAGCCAACCGCGACACUCUUGCCUACCUGAUUUUGCACCUGCUGAGAGUGGCAGAGGCCAAAGAGGCAAACAAGAUGACAGUGAGUAACCUAGCUACAAUUUUAGGACCCACCGUGGUUGGCUACCCUUCUGAGUACAAUGCUAGCGAGACGUACAGUCAGACUGCUAAAGCCAAACUGGUUUUGGAACAGCUGUUGUCUGUCCCUGCAGAGUAUUGGUAUCGUGUGUUGCCCACUGCCAGCUCUAGUAUCUACAGCACACCUCUGGCAGAGCCUCCGCGCAACUUCCGCACACCUUCUACCAGGAGUUUCAAGAAGUUGUUUGAUACACCGGCUCAUUGAGAACAUUAUGAACAAUAUUUUUUUGUACUUAAAGAAUUAUGAUUUAUUAUUUUGUAUACUCUACUUAGAUAUGAUGAUACUGUAUUUUUAUAAAGUUAAAUAGUUAUUAGCUGUUAUUGGUGUAUAAUAAUGACUCUAAAGAGUGUAAAUUUCGAUUUGUUAAAUUUGAAAGCCCAUAUCGAACCAUAUUUAGUAUUACCUUCAAGUUGUAGUAUUGAUUUAAUAUUUACUUUUCUGAACUAACGUUACAUUAUUGUUGCAAUUUAUUGUUGAAGAGGGAUUUACUUUGUUGGACACAAUUGGUUGGAUUAUGAAAGCGCACUAAACUGGGUUAUUUAUUACUACCAAACAAAAUAACAU